CUUUUUUCUUCUCUGUGCUCUAGAAGAUUAGUAUUGUAGGGCUUCUGUGCAGCACCCAAGCAGGAAUUCAGAAAGAAUGCCUGGAAGCAUCCACAUCUCAGCCACUCAACCACCAGUCAUCACCCCUCUGUUUCUGCAAGUCACUGUGGGCAACAGAGAAUACAGUGGAAACAUAGAACAAGAUGCUUUAUCUUUCCCCGUUACAUCACUUCGGGAGAGUAUGGUAAUAAUGCUGUACAGUGCAGACGGGGCAUUGAUAUCAAAAUCAGAGCUGAAGACAAAAGAGAUUGUGGAGUCAGGAACUAUGGACACAGUAUUUGCUCUUGAUAGCGGGGGAGAAAUAGUUCUUCAGAUUCAGUUCUUGCUCAACGAUGAUGACCGCAAGCGAAUCCAAGAAAUGAGAAAUUCUGCGAUGAAGAUGAAGCAGCAAGGGCUGCUUGGGGAUGGCAAUGAACUCAAUUUUUCAGACAGCGCAUUGUCUAAACGGCUGACGGAGAAGAUUUCCAACAUCCGAAGCAAAGCAGCUGAACGAUCUGAGCUUCAGAAGAGCAUGUCACUGGAUGAUUUGCAAGAGCGGGCCGUGUUCCCUGGAAUCGAUGCGGAUCCACGGGUGAAGGCCUCAAGGGACUCGUUGCUGCAAGGGGGUGUAAGGUUGGAAGAUCCCGGUGGCUCCAAGCAGCGGCUGAGCCAGGCCGAAGUCGAAGCCUUGGCAUCGCCGGUGGAAGGGGAGAGGCGGCGCCUAGGCCUGGACGUAGCAUCCGGCGGCGGGCGAGGGGUCGUGGGAGAGGCGGAGCAGGAAGUCAGCGACGGGGCAGGGGCAGUGGAUGCGAUCAGCACGUGGCCGCCGGACAGGCCGGGCCCUGGCUCCAAGAAAGGGGACAGCAUACCAGAGAGCAGCAAAUCAAGUAGUGCAGUGAAGACGAUGAUAAGUAGCUUUGAAGGCACCACCACCCCACAGGGUAUCGUUUCAGAAACCGACUCAGGCAGCCGCAGCACGCAGGCAGGCAAAACAGCCAUCAUCCCUGUUGAUGAUCACCACAAAGCUUCAAAUCACAGGUCUCAGCAUAUACUAGUAGAAACGAUCGCACCUGCACAACUACAAACUAUUAGGACGCCAAAAGCAGCCGAAAGCAGAAGCCGACGCAGAGCAAGCAAGCAGCACAACGAGCUGCAUCCAAGAACUAGGAGGAGGUCACAGGCAAAGCAGAUGCAGAUGCAGAUGCAGCCAAGGGACUACGUGGAGCGUCCCUUGAACUAUCUGGUUGCGACGUCGAGCACCUGGAUACACCCGCACAUCUGCGUCACGGGCGCGACCAAGCAACUGAAAGACCUCCUUGAGCUUGAGCACCUCAACUUCCAACGCACCGCUACUAAGGGACAGCAAGGUACCCGAGAGAGAAAAAGCGACGAAUCCAUUGCCGCCGCCGCUGCUCGGGCUCGCAGCGGUGGUUUCCUGAUGAUAAACGGGUGGCUGAUAGUUCAGGGGGUGCGUGCUGCAGUUGUGCUCACGGUUUGCUGCGGGGCCAUGUUCUUCAGCAGCAGCAGCAGAUGAAGAAAUCUAGCAGUGCCUACCCCUAAUUUUUGCAUACACAAGCCACAGCCACAAUGUAAUUGUCAAGUUUUACUGAUGGAUCUGGCUAGCACUGUAACUUACUUCACCGACCGACAUAUUAUGGGUCCCACAUGCAGAAUACGACGACCUCUCCUGCUCCUCCG